AUGGCACCCUCCUCUGUUUACGUCAAACCCCCCCAGCCCGAGCAGCUCUUAGUAAAUGCUCACUCGGUAAAGCAUUCGCUUGAAGAAAAAAAGGCAUUCGUAGAGUGUGGCUCUGUGGGUUCCUCAAUCUCAGAUCGUAUGGCCAGUGAUCUCGAGUCGGAUGAUUCUAGGGAUUUUGAGUGCGACGAGCACACGAACUUUGACCGUUUGGUCGACGACAUCAAGGCUAUCCUUGGUCCGACCUCUGGCCUUGAUUGUUCAGAAGUUGACGAGAGUUUACUGAUGGAACGACUUUCUGACUAUAUGAGUAAGGAUAGUGAAUGGUCCAAGUAUGCGUUUGUUGACAAUUCUUACGACUACACUCGCAAUCUUAUUGACGACAUCAACCAUAAAGCGAAUCUACUGAUUCUCGUCUGGACUCCGGGUCGUGGUUCUGAUAUUCAUGACCACGCUAAUGCCCAUUGCGUAGUCAAGAUGUUGUCGGGUACACUUAGAGAAACUCUCUAUGAUAUGCCUGACUCAAGUAACCCCCAGCACCUUCAGGUCACUCGGGUUACUGACCUCCACCGCGAUCAGGUCUCGUACAUGUCCGAUAAACUAGGGUUGCACCGUAUGGAGAAUCCCGGUAGUGUUCCCGCGAUCUCACUACAUUUGUACACCCCACCCCAUGCGGCGAAGUUUGGCUGCAAUAUUUAUGACGAACUUACUGGCGAGAAGAAGCAUGUGCGGUGCUGCAUGUAUUCGAAACAUGGCCAACGCAUCUAG